GAUGGAUUAUUUUUUAACUUUUUUUUUGAGAUAGGAUUAUUUUAAAAAUUAAAUAGUGGUUUCGAUUAUUUUAUGGCGACCGGAAAAAAAAAAUACUUGUUCCAGAAGUAGUAGGCACGAAAUAAGCACCGCCAUCGCCAAGUCCAAAUCAAUCUUGUUCACCAAGCAAGUACCUAGCAUAAAACUCAGGCUCUGCUUCAAACGCGGACUUCGAAAAUCAAAAUAGAAGUAGCCAAGGAUUUGUAUUUGGGUUCUUUAGCAUUCAUCUGAAAGUUCGAUCGAGUUGGUACUGCUUUUUUGGGAGCCGGGAUUGUUUUGUUGUGGAUUUUUUCGCAUAGUUUGAAAUGGCGGCAACAUCUGUAGCAGUAGUAGGUGUCGCAGUUGGAACCGGUGCUCUGGGUGCUAGAUACUUGUUAAGGGCAUUUCAAGCAUUGAAAUCUAACCCACGGGCCCGUAAAUUUUACUAUGGAGGAUUUCAACAAGCCAUGAACAGGCGAGAGGCUGCAUUGAUUCUUGGAGUGAGGGAGCACGUCGCCCUAGAGAAGAUCAAAGAGGCUCAUAGAAGAGUGAUGGUAGCAAACCACCCUGAUGCUGGGGGCAGCCAUUACCUUGCUUCAAAGAUCAAUGAAGCCAAAGAUAUCUUAUUGAAGAAAUCCAAAGCCUCGGAUUCUGCAUUCUGAUGAAAAUUGCUUGUAGUUUGUAGCAUUCUUUCAGCAGCUGCGAUCUGUGAUGCGAUUUUUUGGUAUCGAUUUUAGGAUGGACUCUUUACUUGUCUUUGGUGUUUGGUUUUUAUUUCUGUGUUUGCUCAUUAAUUAAAGUGAUGAACAUGAUUAAUGGUAGCUGAUUUGAUUGCUAAA